UAAUACCUAGAUCGCCAGACUCCAGAACGUACAUUAUAUAAUUUGUUGUUUAAAAGGCUCUAGAUAGCUAGACUCAAUCAGAAACGUGCAGCAGUCGUUGAAUAUCCGGCCAGUGAAGACAGUGGUGGUCCGAACAGGAUCAUCCAAAACCCCUUCGAUAUGCUUACUGGUAUGUUUCCUGAGGGUUUGCGGGUGUUGGUCUUUGAUGAAGAUCUCCAAAAUCUACACUCAUUGGAGAAACAUCUCCAAGAUUUUCGAUACGAAGUGACUACAUGCCACGAAGGGGCAGAAGCUAUGCGUCUGCUGCCCAACCAUUUGAACAAGUUCGAUAUUGCUAUAGUAGAAGCACAAAAUUCAGCUGCGGAUAUAUUCAGAUUGAUCUCUGAAAUUGCAUCGGAAAUCGAUGUUCCUAUCAUUAUAAUAUCGAAAGACGAUUCAGUUCAAUCCGUAAUCAACUGGAUUAAGAUUGGUGUUUGCGAUUAUCUUAUUAAACCGAUAAGACCUGAAGAUCUACGUUUGAUUUUUAAACACGUGGUAAAGAAGAUGCGAGUAGGGAGAAUGGUAGAGUCCGAAGAUAAAGCAGCCCCCGAGAAGUCAUCCUCUGUGGGAGAUUCCACCAUAAGAAACCCUAACAAGAGGACAAGAAGCAUGCUCAUUGAUGGACAAGUGGACGAAAAGGAUCAAGAUCAUGUUCGUGAUUCCACCACCAAGAAAAGGCGAGUAGUGUGGGACAAAGACCUUAAAAAAAAGUUUCUGGAUGCAGUGGAAUACCUUGGCCCAGAAGCUGUUCCCAAGAAAAUUUUAGAGAGGAUGAAUGUUGUUGGCUUGACUCGAGAAAACGUGGCCAGCCAUCUCCAGAAACACCGGAUGCUUCUAAAUAAGCAGAAAAAUCAGAACGAGAAAGAUGAGAACCGGUGUUUAUUAUCGCAGCAAGGAGGAAUGUAUAGUGGAGAAGGAUCAAGCAAAUUCUACAGAGGAAGCAAUAUUCAAUUCUCAACACAACAUAUCAGCAACAUUCCUCAACCUUUUAUACAUCAUCAUGAUGGAGUCUCUGUUGCGGUUUCCACUAGAAACCUACAUCACCAUCAAACCUCAGAUUUCACAUGUAUCAAAAACGUAGAAGAGAGUUUGAUUUAUAAUGAAGAAGACGCUGAGGUUUCAAACUUGGCUUCCUUCUUCACGCAAAAUGAAGGAAUGAGUUUGUCCCACUUACAUGAGCCGGUGAUGGCAACUACAAUGCUUUCCAAUGGUAAUCAGUUGUUUCCCAAUCAACAACCGAUGAUGAGCUUUCAUGAACCAUCCAUAUUGCAUACACAUUCGUUUCCUUCAUCUCUCACACCUACUUCCUUUCUUGAUCAGAAAGAAACCUCAAUGAUGACGAAUGAAAGUGAAGGACUACAACAAUGGUUACUCAUUGAACAAGAACAGCCUAACCUAACCGAUGAGAAUAGGUUUUUCGAGAAGUAAUCCAAGAUAAGGAUCUGCAAGAAGUGAUAUAUGGUUCAGGAUCGGAGCCAAGCAUGAAAACCGAAUUACAGGUAAGAAGAUGAAGUCCGACCAUAUAGUUUAGAGACUAAUGUUGUUCUUAUUAUUUUCUAGGGCUUAGACUUUAAUAUAUAUUCUAGGUGAUGCCUUCUCUUCUCUCUCUUUUGUACAUGCUUGUGCUAGCAUGCAUCGAUUGCUUGGGAUGCAUGUCAACAACUUGAAACUUUUGUCAGUGGUUUCAAUAUUAUAUGUUCUAUUCUAGCAGUUAACAAAACAUUGUGGUCGUUGUAGAUCAUACCUAUAACUGUUGUCACCAAACUCUUUUCAUUUACUUAUUUUUCUCCAUUCCUUUCUA